AUGAAGAUCCUGCUGAGCUGUUUGCUGAUCCUCAUGCUCUUUGCUGACUCAUCUCAGUCUCGCAAAAGGAAAGGCAAGCCCACCCCCAAGCCCACCCCCAAGCCCACCCCCAAUCCACGUUAUGAAAAGUUUCGCAGGCAGCACAUAGACAAAGACAUGACAGACAUGGUAACAAUGGUAAACAACAAAUGUGACUCAGUGAUAAAAGACAAGAACAUUUACGACAACAACAACUGUAAAAGAAUCAACACUUUCAUUGCCUCUGACCUGGCUGAAGUCGUAAAAAUCUGUACAAGUGAGGGAACCCUAAACAGUCAAAGUCAAAUGAUGGAGAGCAAGAAAAUGUUCACACUCAUCAACUGCAAACUGAAGGACAACGAUGCCAAGAAACCCAACUGCCAAUAUGAAGGCAUUCUCCUGACUAACAGGAAGCUGUUGGUCCAGUGUGACAACAACAACCGGCCUGUUCACUUUGGUGGUUACAUAGCAGAGCCUGGUUUCUGA